UUUCUUGUCGAACGGACACACAUCCACAGCAAUUACGCCGUACCAAAGGACUAAUUCUUAUUUGAUCAGAAGUGUUUCAAAUGCAAUUAAUUUGAUUAAAAGUGUUUCAUAUGCAUUUUAUUUGAUCAAAAGUAGUGUAAUAUUGAAAUUUAGAGAGGGAAAUAAUUCUCGUAGCAUGCUUGAUUGGCGAAUGCAUUAUUUAUAGAAGCCCAAUUCCAUAAUUGCAAUUUUCGGAACAGAUUAUCUAAAAUUUUAUAUUCUGCCCUUAAAACGAAAAUAAAUGAUUAGUAACCAUUUGAGAAUUAUCAUGAUUUUUUGUAUCGAGGAUGUGGAAAUCUUUUGAUAGUAAUUUUAAGGGAUUAGUUUCAUUUCAAUUUUUGAUUGAUCAAGAAUAGAUUCAAUACUUAAUACGAGAUGAAACUUAUUGAUGAAAGUUCAAAAGAGAGGUCCAGAAAAUAAGGGUAGAUAGUAAGAAAGAGAAUUAAAAUAUUGCGAAGAAUAGCUGAGAAAUGAAAAAAUUAAGUAAAAGUAUAGAAUUGCAUGAUGAAAAUAGGUAAGAAUUACUUGCAUUCAACCAAAAAAACAUUUCUGAGCAUCGAUAAGGCUACUCGCUAAAAAAUUCUGUUUUAAUUUUCUCGGUGAAGAUGGCGACCUCAGAACUGGCGCGUCUGUGCAGCGGGUUGCCCCUGUCGCCGUUGCCCCCUCCAGGGCGGCUGGACCCCAACCUCCCUCACGCCCCCCGCCGCACACACUCCCUCACCCCCGCCCAGCAACAGUUGGCUAUCCGCAACGCUCUGCGCUACAUACCGCCGAGCGAACAUGCACAGUUGGCUCCGGAGUUUGCUCACGAACUGCGCACAUUUGGGCACAUUUACAUGUACCGCUUCUUCCCGACCCUGCCUAUGAAAGCGUACCCCCUAGAGGCGUACCCCUGCCGUACCAAGCAAGCUGCGGCCGUCAUGCUCAUGAUCAUGAACAACCUGGACCCUGCGGUGGCCCAGUACCCCCAGGAGCUCGUCACGUACGGCGGCAACGGGCAGGUCUUCAGUAACUGGGCUCAGUUCUGGAUCACAAUGCACUACCUGUCCACCAUGACGGAGGACCAAACGUUGGUGCUGAGCUCAGGUCAUCCCGUGGGGCUGUUCCCUUCACACCCCGACGCCCCCCGUGUGGUGAUCAGUAACGGGAUGGUCAUCCCGAACUACAGCUCCCGCCAGCGCUACGACGACAUGUUUGCUCUCGGUGUCACCAUGUACGGCCAGAUGACGGCUGGCAGCUUCUGCUACAUCGGACCUCAGGGCAUUGUCCACGGCACAACUCUGACAGUGCUGAACGCAGGUCGCAAGCACGUGCCAGGAGCGUCGCUGGAGGGACGCGUGUUCCUGUCGUCAGGACUCGGCGGCAUGAGCGGCGCUCAGGCAAAAGCUGCCGUCAUCUGCGGCUGCGUCGGCGUCAUCGCUGAGUUGAGCGCAGAGGCUCUGCAGAAGCGGCACCGGCAGGGUUGGCUGCAGCAGCACACAGACUCUCUGCCUGACCUGCUGCAGCGCAUCAGACACGCCAGAGAGAAGAAGGAAGCAACAUCCAUCGGUUAUCUUGGUAACAUCGUUGAUGUGUGGGAAGGUUUGGCUGAAGAAUACAAGAAGACCGGCGACCUGUUGGUUGAUUUAGGCUCGGAUCAAACCUCCUGCCACAACCCCUUCAAGGGCGGCUACUAUCCAGUCCAGCUCACCUACGAACAGUCUAACAAGAUGUUGGCUGACGACCCUGAGGGCUUCAAACUACUGGUGCAGGAGUCGCUCCAGCGGCAGGUGGCCGCUAUCAACACCUUGGCCGCUGCAGGGAUGUACUUCUGGGACUACGGAAACGCGUUUCUGCUCGAGGCUGGCAGGGCGGGCGCUGACGUUUACGCUGAAGGUUCAGAUAAGACGUCUGCCGAGACCCCCUUCCGCUACCCCAGCUACGUGCAGGAUAUUAUGGGGGAUAUAUUUUCUCUCGGGUUUGGUCCGUUCCGCUGGGUGUGCUGCUCCGGCAGCCUCGAAGACUUGGCUACUACAGACGCCAUCGCCCUCCAAGAGAUCAGGAAAAUUGCUGCAGCCGGUUUACCAGAGGAAGUGCGCCAGCAAUACGCUGACAAUGAACUCUGGUUGACAGAAGCCUGUCAGCACAAGCUGACCGUGGGCAGCGCUGCCAGAAUCCUGUACGCUGACCAGCGUGGCAGAGUUGCCAUCGCUGUUGCCAUCAACCAGGCUGUCAAGUCUGGCAAACUCAAGAGCGCUGUGGUCGUGAGCCGUGACCACCACGACGUGAGUGGCACAGACUCGCCCUACAGGGAGACCGCCAACAUAUAUGACGGCUCUGCCUUCACUGCAGACAUGGCUGUGCAGAACGUGAUCGGGGACGCGUGCAGAGGAGCCACGUGGGUGGCGCUGCACAACGGGGGAGGCGUCGGCUGGGGCGAGGUGAUCAACGGUGGCUUUGGGCUGGUCUUGGACGGCUCAUCGGCGGCCGAGCGUCGCGCGUCUCUCAUGCUGGGCUGGGACGUCGCCAACGGCGUCGCCAGGCGAUCUUGGAGCGGGAAUCUGUACGCCAAAACCACGAUCCAGCGGAGCAUGGAUCGCGAUCCGCUGCUGCGGGUCACUGUCCCGCACGCUGCCGACGAUCAGAUCGUCUGUUCCGCGAUCCCAAGCGACGAAAACGUUUGAAAUCAAGAUUAUCAAAACUCUGCUGUGUAUUUUAUAAAGAUUUUGUUAUAAUUUGUUUUCUGUUUUUAAUUUGUGUUUGAACCUAAAUCAGAGGUCAAUAGUAAGCAAAUUACAACUGAAAUGGCAGGAGAUGUUAAUGAAAUUGAUUACGAUAUUUUUUGCUUCUUUUGCACGGUAGAAUAAUUACUAUUUAGUGAUAAUUGAUAAUGAAGUAAUAGCUCAUCAAUUAACUCUUACAAUCCGUAAAAUUUGAAAAUUAAAUUAACAUUGGA